AUGGCCAACCGGGGUUACGAUGUUGUAGUCGACGUCGAUGCUGAGGGUGACCUUGGGCAUACCGACCUCCAAGAAGACCUCGAAUUCCACGCAUCAAACUUCGAAGAAAACCCCAGCGCAGCCAAACCCCACCACGUCGACACAUCACCUUUCCUAGAAGGCGCAGGCGGAUCCUCUUCUCGCCGCCAAGGCAGCUCCCCCAGCGGUACCCCAUCCAAAUACCGCUUCUGGACCCUAGCCUACUACUCCCAAUUCUUCGACGUCGAUACCUCCGAAGUCCUCCGCCGCUGCGUCGCGGCCCUCUACCCACGCACGAACUUCCUAGACGUCCUCGACGGCAACCCCGAUCUCUACGGACCCUUCUGGAUCGCCACGACUGUCGUCGUCAUCCUGUUCCUCACGGGUACUGUCUCGCAAUACCUAGCCCGGAAGGAUGAGAAGCACUUCGAGUACGAUUUCCGCCUGUUGUCUGGUGCCGCGGGGCUGGUCUAUGGAUACACGGGCAUCAUCCCGAUUGCGCUGUGGGGGGCGUUGAGAUGGUUUGCGAGUGCGGGCGGGGGUAGUGGUGCGGAUCUUGUGGAGUGCUGGGCACUAUACGGGUAUUCAAAUAUGGUGUGGAUUGCGGUGGCAUUGGUGAGUUGGAGUCCGUUGACGGCGCUGAAUUGGGUGCUGGUGGGUGUGGGGUAUGGGUGGUCGGUGUUUUUCCUGUUGCGGAAUAUGUAUCCUGUGCUCAGCGCUACGGAUGCAAAGACUAGUAGAGUACUGUUGAUUGCGGUUAUUUUGCUACAUGUGGGAUUGGCGAUUGCGAUUAAGAUCUUGUUUUUUGCCCACGGAAGCCCGGUGUCAGACAAGAAUAAGGAUAAGGAUCAAGACGGCGAUAAGAAGGACGAUAGCAAAGAUGAUUAA